AUGGAUUUAUUGGUCAAAUGGUUGGGUACAGAAUCUUCCAUAUUUGCUAAAAUCAUCCGUGCUGCUAAUGCUCAUGAUCCACCUAGAGGUCUACAAAGAAUAUAUGAUCGUCUACAAGAAAGAUACGGUAGGCCUGAAAUGGUUGAAAGUGCACUGAAACGAAAGUUAAAUGCUUUUCAAACAAUUACAAACAAAGACUGUGCAAAACUUUAUGAUCUAUUGGACAUACUUACUGAAAUUGAAUCUUCUAUGUUAAAUCCAAAGUACACAACACUGCUUAGCUACUACAAUUCCUCCUCUGGUAUAAAUCCGAUUCUUGUCAAGUUACCUCACUUUCUACAAGAGAAAUGGACUACUCAUGCGUCUUCUUACAAGAAAUCUCAUAGCAUAGCUUUUCCACCAUUCAGUCUUUUUGUAAGUUAUAUUCGAGACAUGUGUCAAAUUCGAAAUGAUCCUGCCUUUUCGUACAAUAGUGUCAUUUCAACUGCUAAUCCUAAACAACGUCCGUCAGUGAUAUCCAGGAGACUAGACGUAUCUUCCGAAAGUUCAGUUAGAUGCCCACUACACAAGGCAGGACAAACCCUCAACGACUGUCGGGGAUUCAGGAAAUAUCCAAUACAAGAUCGUCAGAAGUUUCUACGUGAAAAGAGAAUUUGUUUUAAAUGCUGUGAAACAAAUGAACAUUUCGCCUCUAACUGUACAGUGAAUGUUAAAUGUGCCGUAUGUGGAAACAAACGCCAUGCCACAGCAAUGCAUAUAGACCGAUAUACUCAAAAUCGCACACAAGCCGAUAAUGAAAAGCCUCUCACAGCUGAUGGCGGGGAGCAUAGUGAGGACAAUGUAACUGUCAAAUGUACCACUCUUUGUGGUGACAUCCGGGUUGGUCGUUCCUGUGGAAAGACCGUUCUAGUAGAUGUAUACUUACCAAACGCCCCGGAGAAGUCGAAGAAAGUCUAUGCUGCCAUAGACGAUCAAAGUAAUCGCACUUUGAUUACUCCAGAACUCUUUGAUGACCUUGGAAUUCAAGGACAACACGCACAAUUCAACAUGUCUUCGUGUAAUGGUAAUUCGACCAUGAAGUGUCGAGUUGCUGACAGUAUAUGCGUUCAAUCAAUUGAUGGAAAAUCCACAUUCGAAUUACAAGACGUAAUUGAAUGCGAUUCAAUUCCCAGUGAAUUACCGGAGAUUGCAACUCCAGAAGUUGCAUCUGCCUACUCGCACCUUAAUCGUAUUUCGUCAUACUUACCUCCUCUUGAUCCGAGCAUCAAGGUUGAACUUUUGAUUGGUCGAGAUAUACCUGAGAUUCAUCAUGUGCAAGAACAAAUUACUGGAGAUAAAGGUGAACCUUUCGCUCAAAGAUUAGCACUAGGAUGGGUGGUAAUAGGAGAAGUGUGCUUGGGCAAAGUACAUGCUCCAAACAAAAUCAGUGUACGUAAAACUCAUGUUCUCAACGAUGGAAGAUGCACCACGUUCCCUCUUUGCGAGAAUAAUAUAGAGAUAAGUGAUCUCAAAGAUGACAUUUUCAUCAGGACGACAAAUGACAACAAAGUAGGACUUUCUGUUGAAGAUAGACAGUUUCUAAGUUUGAUGGAGACCGAUUUUAGAAAGGAUGACACUGGCCAUUGGUCAGCGCCAUUACCGUUUAAACAACCAAAGCCACCUAUUCCAAACAACCGCUCACAAGCCUGGAAACGAGCACAUAUACUUGACACUAGUUUGCGUAAGAAUCAAACGAAACGUGAUCAUUUCAUGACAUUUAUGGAGAAAGUGUUGAACAGCGGUGCAGCAGAAAUUGCACCUAAAGUUAUUUCAGGAGAAUGUUGGUACCUUCCGCUUUUCGGAGUUUAUCAUCAUAAAAAACCAGACCAAAUAAGGGGAGUAUUUGACUCGUCUGCAGUGUACGGAGAUGUAUCGUUAAAUAAUCUCUUAAUGUCAGGACCAGAUCUUACAAAUAACCUCGUUGGAAUUCUUAUGCGAUUUCGUAAAAAUGCUAUUGCUAUAACUGGAGACAUUGAGCAAAUGUUCUACCAGUUCAGAGUGUCAAAUCAUCACAGAGACUACCUUAGAUUCUUUUGGUACCAAGAUAAUGACUUUUCUAAACCUCUCAUCGAAUAUCGUAUGACAUCUCACGUGUUUGGUAACACACCUUCACCUGCUGUGGCUUCUUACGGCCUUCGACAAGCUGUUGCAACCUCAGAUGAAGACGUGCGUGCAUUCGUAUGUAAUGAUUUUUAUGUGGACGACGGUCUCACUUCAUUUACCAACAAAGAACAAGCAAUCGAUCUUGUAAAGAGAACUCAGAACGAUCUGAAAACAAAUGGACAUAUAAGAUUUCACAAGAUUGUGUCGAAUGAUAUUGACGUCAUGAAAGCUUUCCCCAGUGAUGACUUAGGUAAAGACUUGAAACAUUUGGACUUGUGUUCAGAUAUAUUACCUACGCAACAAAGUCUAGGUAUAACAUGGGAUCUUCAUUCCGAUAAUUUUGUGUUUCAUGUAAAUAAUGAUGUCAAACCUAUAACACGAAGAGGACUCCUAUCUUCAAUAAACAGUUUGUUUGACCCUCUUGGUUUCGUAUCACCUAUUGUGAUUAGUGGUAAAAUUAUUCUCCGUGAAGUAGUUCCAUCUGGAACUGACUGGGAUGAACCGUUAAGUUCUGAACAUGCUGAUAGAUGGAACCUUUGGCUUGAGUCUUUGAGAUCUCUUGGCAAUUUUGAAAUUCCACGAAUGAUUACUCCUGAAUCAGUGUCAACAGCGAACCAUCUUGAGACUCAUAUAUUUUGUGAUGCUUCCGAACAAGCAAUUUCUUCAGUAGCCUAUUUGAAAUCAGUUAAUGAAACUGGAAAUGCAUCUUUAGGUUUUCUGAUGGGAAAAACAAAACUAGCACCUCUGAAAGGUCACACAAUUCCUAGAUUGGAACUUUGUGCUGCUGUUCUAGGCGCCGAAUUAGGUGAAGUCAUAUGCGACAACAUGAAUCUGUUACCGGAGACUUGUCAUUACUACACAGACAGUCAAGUUGUCCUAGGAUAUAUUAGCAAUACCAAAAGACGAUUUUUCACUUACGUUACAAACCGUGUUGAAAAAAUUCACAAAACAUCAAAUCCGUCUCAGUGGUCCUACAUAUCAACUGAUCAGAAUCCAGCUGAUGCCGGAACUAGAUUUUCAAGCUCACCAGAUAUGAUUCUUGUUAAUCGUUGGAUAACAGGUCCAACAUGUUUAUUAUCACAUGAUGUGAUUGAAGACAAUUCUUAUCCGUUAGUAACACCAACUGAGGACAAGGAAGUUCGUCCUUUAGUUUUAUCUAAGAAAACAGUAAUUCGAAAUCCAGAGAUCGGUUGUCACCGUUUUACGAAUUUUUCAAGUUUGAAAGCUCUCAUUAGGGCAGUUUCGUUUUUGAGACAUUUUGUACGUACUUGGAAAUCAAAAAGUUCUAGUCAAAAAGUGUCCGAAGACAAAGAUAGUCCAAAAUUUCAAAAGGAAACCGAAUCUUUUAUAAUUCGUCAAAUUCAGAAUGAGAUUUUUGAAAAGGAAAUUUACAAUUUAAAUGAACACAAACCAAUUUCAAAAGAACGCUCAAUGUUGAAACUAGACCCGUUUAUUGAUGAGCACGGAGUUGUUAGAGUAGGAGGUAGACUCAAGCAUUCAGAUUUGACACUUGCUGAGAAACAUUCGAUACUUAUUCCUGGUAGUCAUCACUUCGCCAAACUUAUUGUCUUACAUUAUCACGAACAAAUACGACAUCAAGGACGUCAUUUAACGGAAGGCAGUAUCAGAAGUGCAGGAUUUUGGAUAAUUGGUCUGAAGCGACUAGUGAACACUGUAAUAUCCGAAUGUGUACUGUGCCGUAGAUUUCGUGGCAAUCUUAUGACUCAGAAAAUGUCUGAUUUACCGGAGGAACGACUGAAAUCAUGUCCACCUUUUACUUAUGUUGGAGUGGAUUGUUUCGGUCCUUGGGACAUUGUAACUAGACGAACUCGUGGAGGAAGCGUCAACUCAAAACGAUGGGCUGUACUAUUUUCAUGUAUGUCAUCUAGAGCUGUACAUAUUGAGGUUAUUGAAGAGAUGAGCACCUCAUCGUUUAUCAAUGCGCUACGACGAUUCAUGUCAUUAAGAGGCAAAGUUAAGGAAUUCUUUUCCGACCGAGGGACAAAUUUCGUUGGAGCAGCGAAUGAACUUGGAAUUCCUGCAAUUUGUGUGGAAGAUAAAACUUUGAAAACCUUUCUUAACGAAAAAGGUACUAUUUGGAAGUUCAACACCCCAUAUUCGUCACAUAUGGGAGGCUCGUGGGAACGACUCAUAGGCAUUGCUCGCCGCAUAAUUGACUCUAUUCUUUAUGAUGCAAGACACAACAAACUAACACAUGAGGUUCUGUGCACCUUUAUGGCGGAAACAACAGCCAUCAUGAACUCUCGUCCAUUGAUUCCAAUUUCAUCAGACCCUGAUUCACCAAAACUCUCAAUCCCAACCUUCUUUAUGAGGUAA